AUGGACCCAUUGGAGGAAGAUCAUCUCGACAUCAAAGGAGACAUAAUAUCCGCCCUAGAGUUGAUUAAGUCGACAGGAUCAAUUCUGACGAGUGGCAAUCUUAACAGCGGAGUCAAUCCAGGCCUUUACGUUCCAAGUUCUGGGCUUAUUCGACUUCCUAUAUCGCCCGAGGAUGCGCAGUCAAUGAUUCAGUCCUGCCAUAUGAGCCCUUACGGAAAGGGAACAGAGACCCUGGUAGAUGAAUCGGUACGGAAAUGUUGGCAACUCGCCUCAAAUGAAUUUUCUCUCCGGAAUCCUCUAUGGCGAGCGCAAAUGGGCGUGCUCGUCAGCCAAGCUGUUGCUGGUCUUGGUCUUAAAGCAGAUUCCCCGGAGGUCAAGGCGGAGCUAUACAAAUUACUUAUCUAUGAGGAGGGCGCAUUUUUCUUGCCGCAUCAAGAUUCUGAAAAGGCUGAUGGAAUGUUUGGCACGCUUGUUGUAUGCCUCCCGUCGAAACAUGAAGGAGGGAGUGUCAUCGCCUCUCAUAGGGACAAUCAUCUUAAGUUUCACACGGCGCCUAACUCCGAAUUUGGCUUUUCAUGGGCUGCUUGGUAUGCCGAUGUUACACAUGAAGUGAAGCCUGUUACAUCCGGAUAUAGGAUUGCCCUGGUUUACAACCUGAUCCAUCGCCCGUCAGCCGCUCUCCUCGGAUUUCAUGGCAGUAAGACGGAGAGACUUACUCAUCUAUUUGAACGUUGGGCCCGUGCCGCUGAAGAACCCAUGCAAUAUCUAGAUGGCUGGGAUGAUCGUUUCAACGAAGCCUGCCCUCCAGCUCUUGUCUAUAUACUCGAACAUCAGUAUACCAGUGCCGAGCUCAAUUGUGCUCGCCUUAAAGGUGUUGACCAAUCUCGUUUUGCAGAACUUCAGAAUGCAUGCAAAAGGACUGGGUUUGAUAUCUUCCUGGCUAACAUUGAGAAAGAAAACAUGGGUGGAGUUGAUGAUGGAUACUACGACUCCUACUAUGGCCGUGGACGUUAUGGUAGUGAUGAUAUUCACAGUAUUGUAGAUCUGAUUGAAUCUACCCUUAAACUGUCACGUGUAGUGAACACGAAAGGCAUUGUGGUCGGAAAAAACCUACCGUUCCCUGAGAAGAUGCUAAUUCAAGAGGAUGUUUUCAAUCGCGAUCCAGAUAAAGAGAACUUUCAAGGUUUUACAGGCAAUGAGGGGGCUACAGCGACUUACUUUUAUCAAGAGACGGGCGUAUUAGUUAUCCCAAAGAAAUUUCACUUCUUGUUUAUGCUCCAUCAGUCGAAACAUGGCCAAGGUGAUAUUAUACAACUCUUAGAAAACUGUCACCGUGUUAUAUCAGAACAACCAAAUGACAUGGCGGCCCGGCAAAAUCUGUUGCAAGUCUGUAGGGCGGUUAUUUCUGACAGGAUUUACAGCACAAGUUAUAACACACGGAAGGAAUACGCCAACAGGAUAAUGCAGAUUGCUUUUGAACUUGCGGACCCGGAAUUAUUUGGCCGGAGCAUGGCCUUGAUUGAUGGCGAAUUUUCGUCCUCUCAAAUCUCUCAGAUCGCCAAGACGAUUUCACAACAUGGCCUUCCUUCUAUUCGCUUAUCCCUGAACAAAAUAUUCCAGAGAGGAUAUUACCCGACUGACAAUACCUUGCUUUUUCAGCAAAUGGGUUUACUUUCCAACUUGCUCAAAGAAUAUCAGUUGCUUUGCAAGCAACAGAGUCAAGAGCCGUUGACCGAGGUAUUGGAGUGGCAGGACAUCACUUUUAAUACUAUGCUCUCUACCCGAUUCAGAGGCUCGGAAGCAGAUGGGCGUGAUCUGGCGAAUGCACUAAGUGAUUAUCCUAUAAAGGAAUCUCUCGCAAGAACCGUGGCCUUCCUGGAGACCAAACUGGAGAACACUGUUUUUAUUAUAUCGUUUAUUACUUCAGCAAAUGACCGCGCACGUACAGGGAACCUGGACAAGGAUGCGAUUGAGAAUGCUACAAGUUUACGCCCUGUUCAAACACCGUAUUCCUGGAGUUCUUACUGUGUUGAGCCGAUUACAGCGUCACGGAUUGCACCAGACGUGGUAAUAAAGCUAAUUAAGCUGGCCGAUGCCACAGACAACGAUAUCACUGGAAUAAUGGGCACCCUUACUGAGUAUUCUGUAAAUGUCAAGAGAAGUGAAAUGGAGAGUGCUUUUUAUCAAUUCUUAUUCCCUGUGGCAAAUGGCAUUUGCGAACACAUACGAACUACAAAACGUCCAUUUACCACCGGUGAACAGCACUUUAUUACAACUUUUUUGACAUCAUAUGUGAAUGGCUAUGUUAAUUAUGCCCCUUCACCACCAGCCGACUGGAAAGUCAAGACAACUAUCCAAUGUAUCUGUGCCGACUGUGACUCUCUGCGCAAAUUUAUAAAUGACCCGUGUAAGAAGGUAGAGGAAUUUCGGAUGGCGGAAAGGCGGAGGAAGCACUUGGAUCAGCAACUCCACAAAUCCUAUUUCAUGACGAUCACCCUUAAACAGGGCACACCAUAUAGCCUCCGAGUCGAGAAAACGCAAGCUAUGCUGGUUUCCAGUUUUCUAGCUUGGAUCACGCGGGCACAAGCUGCGCAAGCUGAGCUGAAACGGCUGUCUCAAAAUGGCCCCCUGAAAGAGAUCCUUGGGGAUAAAUAUGGCUCUAUCUUUCACCACAAAAACCUCCAAAUUCCCGAUGAUUUACCUGUAGUUCCCCCAGUUGGUGGUCUCACCGACCGGAAUGUUGGAAACACAGUUCGAAGCACCAUACCGAGUAAACGUCCCUUCGGGAGAUGA